UAAAAGAGGAGUGCGGAAGACACAGCUCGGUAGUGAAUGUCACUGGCCGGACUAAUCGCUGCCGCCUGGUAUCGCUGUCUCCUAUACGCGCUCUGUGUGUCCUCCUAUCCCGCGACUCUGCCUCCGCUCUGCCUGGUACAACGUGUAGCCGCUGACAGUGACAGUGACACCGUGCGGGGUCUCCCAGUGUCCAUGGGCCCAGCUGGGGCAGCGACACUCGGACAUGUGGUUUUGGGACUGACCCGGCGAGACAUGACCCUCCUCCUCCUUCUCCUGGUGACGUCACAUGUGUACAGCCGACCCCAUGGAAUAUUAUCAGGGGAUGAUCGCUACUACAUGAACGGAAACAUCCGAUGUCUCCGCUGUCCUCCAGGUAAUUUUGUUGAAGAGGACUGUGUAGUACCUGACACACGUGGAAAAUGUACGGACUGCCAUGCCGGGCGAACCUACAGUGAACACCCCACAGGAAUGAAUCACUGUCUUAGAUGUACUAGGUGUCGUGAUGAUCAGGAAGAGGUGUCUCCAUGCGCCAUCGCUAAGAACACUGUGUGUCGUUGCAAGAAGGGAACCUUCUGUCCUCCAGACCAUCCAUGUGAGGUGUGCCUGCCUUGUACAACAAGCUGCCCUCCAGAUCAGGUUAUUAAGUCACCCUGCAAUUCAACAUCUGAUACAGAGUGUUCCUUCCCAGACUCAUCCAUUUCUAAGAAAACUGCCAUCAUCUGUGGGGUUAUUGGCACAAUUGUUUUCAUCAUCAUCAUCAUCAUCGCAAUCUGUUUCUUUCUUCUUCCUGUUUUGAGGAAAGAUACUUCUACUAGGGAAUGCAAACGAUGGUCAAAGAUGUUAACUACGAGUUGCUGCUGCAAGCCUGGAGAUACGGCAGAAGAUGUCAAUCUCUUGCAUACAGACACCAAACUGGUCUUCAGGGAUGCUAAACAGAGGGAACAGAUUACCAUCAAGUCAUUGGACAUCUUUGUGGACAAGGUUCCCAUUAAUAUGUUUGAAAAGUUCAUGCGAAAUCUGGAAUUGCCUCCGAACACAAUUGAAUUUGCUAAACAAAACCAUCCCGGGAACACCUAUGAGCAGUGCUACGAAAUGUUGGACAAAUGGCGGCAGGAAUAUCCCUACGACGUCAAUGUCUUGUUGACAACUCUCCGCACCUUAAGGAUGGGCGGUGUGGCUGAUGAAAUUACAGAGCAGCUGAUUAGAGAUGGACUGUAUGUGAGGCAGACCCCGAGCUGACCUUACUAUUAAGCUAUGUAAAUAGUGUACAUACUGUAACAUAAUAAUUUAUACUGUUUUUAAUAUAUAAAAAAAAAUGAAAUACCCAAAAAAAAAUAAACUUUCAUCAAACCCA